AUGAAUCCGCCGCUGCGAUCUGCGCCGCCCUGGGCGCUUCUUCGACAGCUGCAGGCGUGGAUUGGAAGAAUCCUCGGUGCUCCGCCGGCCUGAUCUGCUCCGCGCCGCCGGGGUCUUCGAUGGGCUGGCAGGCGCCAAAAGAAUGCUUUUGGGGAGAGAGGGCGACGGACGCCUGAGCCUGACCUCCAAGCCGCAGUCCGAGCCAGAAGAUGACCAGCGGAAGUGAAUCUUACUCUUCUGGGCAAGAAGAUGUGACCUGGCUGUCAAGUUUAUUGAAAGAAUGGAUUUAUCCAAAUCAUUACCUACAACAUUUUGGAAACUAUGAAGUGUAUCUCUUGAUGCCCCUCAUAAUCCUGUUUUCACCUGUUGUAAUUAUACUUGGCUUCAUUUAUCUUUCUAUUCUUCUCCUUCAUAUUUACAAAAGAAAGAACAAUUUAAAGAGUGAUUAUCUCAGUAAAUCAUGGGACAAUGGAAGGAGGGCAGUGAGUUAUCUUUGGGACAUAUAUGGCAUAGUGUGGCAUGGUUAUGAAGUGCGUGGAAUGGAUAAGGUACCAAAAGGACCAGGGCUUUUUGUAUUUUACCAUGGAGCAUUUCCUCUAGACUAUUUCUACUUUGUUUCUAGACUGUACUUACAGACAGGCAGACUCUGCCACUCUGUGGUUGAUUAUCAUUUUUCAAAAAUACCAGGUAUAAGGCUGUUUUAUAAUGUACAAGGUCUUACGCAAGAUGGAAGAGUCCAAUGUGUUGAAAUUCUGAAAAAGGGGUACUUAUUAGGUGUCCUACCUGGUGGAGUCCGGGAAGCGCUGUUUAGCGAUGAGAACUACAGUCUCUUGUGGGGCAAGCGUACAGGUUUUGCUCAUGUGGCCAUAGAUGCAAAAGUGCCCAUCAUCCCUAUUUUUACAACCAAUCUUCGGGAAGGAUACAGGGCACUUGGAAAAAUAUGGCCAUUGAAGUGGCUGUAUGAGCAUACCCGAUGGCCAAUUGUUCCCAUAUAUGGAGGGUUUCCAGUCAAAUUUUGCACAUACGUAGGAGAUCCCAUUACUUAUGAUCCACAUAUAACAGCUGAGGAACUAGCUGAAAAGACAAAGAUUGCAAUAAAAAACCUCAGAGAUAAGCACCAAAAAAUUCCAGGUAGCAUACAAAAAGCUUUGUUGGAACGCUUUGAGAAAUAUCCAAAACAUGAGUCGUGAAACCUCUUUUGUGUGUGCGUGUGUGCGUUAUGUAUGUAUGUUUGGUUUACUUAUCUAUAACAUAAAAUAAUUAAAACAUUUCUUUAUGUUUGUUAACUUCUAUCAAACAUGCAGUUACAGCACUGUUCUUUAUGCAUUUCAGCUAGGCCACUUUAGCUUGGAGGCUUUUUUCUACCAUAAAGUUGUAUUUGACUUGUUAAUGAUCUUUAAUGAAAUUAAUCUAUUGAAACAAACUUUGCUUGAACUAUUGAUUUCAUAGAUUACAGUACUUUGGCUCAGGGGAGUGGAGUUUUGGUUGCUUAAUCUGAAGAUCAAUGGUUUUACCAUGAAGGAUUGCCUAGAUGAUUCUGUAUUAACGCUUUGUCAUUCCACAGUUCAGAUUUUAUUAUUUGUAUCCAUCUUUCUCUUUCAAUGAGUAGGCAAGGAGAUUGUAUACUUUACUAAGAUAAAAUUUGUGUGAUCAUGUUGCAAA